GAUCUGCUGUCGCAUUACAUCAAAUGGAUGGACUUUGAGCAUAUUUCCGUGUUGCAAACAGUCAUGGUAAACAUAUUCUGAAGAUAAGAAGUUCGGUUGACCGUAUAGAGCAUGUCGGUUUGAAAGAUUAUUAUCAACUUAUGCCGGUAAUGGAGAGCCCUGAAAUAAUUCCCGAGAUUCGUUGUGCCUUCGCUUCCGAUGCAUCCAUUCUUUAUGAUUUACUGAAGGAAUACACCAUCGAACAAAAACUUGAAGAUGUAUUCAAGUAUUCAAGAGCGAGUUUUGAAGAACAUUUCAACCAAGCAUUAUUCAAAGCCUUUGUCAUCGAGGUUAAAGGUGAAACGGUGAAUCAGAGGAACAUCAUUGGUUGCAUUUUCUUCUCCAUCUUUUAUGAAUAUGUUGUAGGUGUAACGGCCUUCCCUCACUGCUGCUAUAUAAAACCAGAUUUUAGAGAUCUUGGAAUCGAGCAAAAGUUGAUUCAGCAUGCUAAGAAGAUAUCUGGAGAUGCAAAUAUCGACAAAAUGUUGACUCUUUUGACACCAUUGGAUGCCAAAUACGGAAGAGCUUUGAUGAAUGAAGGUAUCAUUAACCUGUCCAGGAGCAUUGAGAUCGAGGUUUGGAUUAUGACAAAUCAGACUUCAACAAAUACUCUAACGUAUGAUGAUUACAUUAUCCGUGAUGGCACUGAAGAAGAUCUAAGCAAGGUAUACGAUCUCCUAGAAGAGUUGGUAGAAAUUGAGGAUAUUACCGCGGACUUUGUGGUCAAUAAAGAUGAUUUUGAACGUGACGGUGCUACUGACAAGAAUCUUUUUAGUUGUGUCGUCUUAGAGCGUCGACAUCGUGUUGAAGAUCAGUCUGAAGAGACCGAAAUCAACCACGAAAUCGUUGGUUGUAUGCUGUAUUCAAAGAUGUAUUGUGUUUUGAUGGGGCAAUUAUAUUUCUUACAAGGCCUUUAUCUGAAACAGGAGCAUAAAGGUAAAGGCUUAGGCAAGGCCCUACUUCGUUCAACACUGCAGGCUUGCAAGAAAUGCACCGGUGACGGCUUUAUUUUCAUGAUCCAAAAGGAGAACAAAACCUCCCAAUCACUCUUCCAGUCAUUCCACGCAAUCAACAUGACACAAUCGAUGAAUUUCGAAUGGAUUAAAAUCUUACUCUAAGAAAAACAUGCACCAAAGACUAUUUAGUUGACACGUUAAAAUAUGUAGCGUUCAGAAUCCUUCUGCAUUAUAGUGACAUUUUAUAUUCACUAUCAACUUAAGCGCGAGUUGUUAACGUCUUUAAAUUCUGAUAUUAUGUAAAUAGUAUAUUUUUACUGAGAAAAAUCUACAUAUUUAUUUUUGUUCCGACCAAAAUUGUUUUUAAGUUCACGAAAUUAACCUAAAUUCAGGGGCUUGCCUCUUAUUAUAAAAGAUUUACUUUUUGGCAAGCCUCUCCGUUACUAUGUUUUACUAAACUCAGCUGAGGUCAGUUUUCUCAAGAACAAAUAAUUAUGUAAUGUAUUAUGAUAUGCCUGAUACUUCUAAUAUAUUAGACUUUGUCGUGUGUUUGUUAUUAUUUUGUUAUGUCAAUUAUGUCAAUAUUCGAAGUAUAGUACUAUUUUGUUUUGUAUAUUAUUAUCAUGUAUUAUGUAAGGUUUUACUUUGCAAUUUAUUGUGUAUAUUUUAAAUGUUUUUAUCUGUAUAUACAGUGUCCCUUGGCAGAACAAUACUCGAUAUUGAAAGGGCUACCCUGUAUAAAGAAGACCAAAUAAAUAAAUAAAUGAUAACAUAAAUUAUCAAAAUCUUCUAAACGUACAUUAAGUCUAGUAUAAACCAGCUGUUCUUUAAAUCAUUCCCAAAGAAACUUUUGACCAAUAGCUGGUUGGCCUUGUAUGUGUUUGUAUUCUAACCAUUAACCAAAUGAUUUCAUCAACUUUUCUUUAUUAGCUGUCAAACUCACAUAGACUUUUUAGGGGUUAUGGUGUAAAUAGAAACACUCUUGAUUUUUUCUUUGCUUGUGGAUUUUCUUCUUGGGAUUAGGACAGCGUUAUUCCUUUUGGAAGCAUUUUACCCCUCCUCCGAUAAGCAAGAUUAUCGUCCAGAUCGACUGCUGUAUUUUAAAGAGUGCAUUAUUUAAUGUGCCAACUCUUGUCACAUCCUACAAACUCUUUAUUUAUGAAUAGGCCUACUUUACUUUAUGUAUGGGGUACAAUGUCAACAUUUAAUGAAUCUCCGUGAUCGAGAAAAGAGAUGAGCAGCAGUUUUGAUAAGUUUGGAAUUGUUUAAGCCCGAGUAGUUUAAACAUGUAUUGACAUUUCAUCUGAGUUUUAUGAAGUCUUUAUUGUCAUAUAAUUGGUGCAGCUGAAUAUAUAUUAUCCAACCGUCUUUUGUCUCAAUUCUAGUCUUUUGUCUUUCAUUUUUUCUUUUAAAUUCUUUGGCAUGUUUAGAAUAUUAUUUUUUUAUGCAAUGUUUUUGUCAAUGUCUAGAAUUUAUUUCAUUAUACUAUAUGUUAUUCUUUGUGUUUCUUCACAUGUAUAUAUUGUUAAGUAUUAUCUUUUAUGACGGAAAUGAAACAAGCAAACAAACACUAUAACGCAUAAUCCAAAAAGAUAACAAUUCAUUUCUUUUAAUAGCCAUUUUUGCGCUCGCUUAAUUCACUCGCAACUUUUAUGAAAUUUUGCCCCCUCAUUUUUUUUAGGCUCAUUGUGCCUCUGUACGAUAUGUUUACAAUAAAAUCAUUGUAAUGAUA